GGUGCGGGUACAGACGGCCAGUUCCGUGAUGUCAGACGCCAACAAACUUAACAACAGUUUGAGUCAUCCUCACUGGUGGGGUGUGCAAGGUGUUUCGCAGUUGCAGCACACGGCCAUCGGAGUCUUUCUGGUGGGUUUUACGGUCACCGCCACCGUCAGCAACAUUUUGGUCGUGUCUACCUGUCUGGGAUAUCGAAGCUUGAGGACCACUAGCAACUUGCUAGUCGUUAACCUGGCUGCCGGGGACCUGGUCAUGUGCGUAGUGGAUUUUCCUCUGUUUGCGGUCGCAUCUUUCUUCAACUUUUGGCCAUUUGGAAUGAACGUGUGCCAGGUGUACAGCCUGAUCACCGCCAUGGCGGGCCUCGUCACCAUCAACACCCUGGCUGUCAUCUCCGCAGACCGCUACCGCGCUAUCGUCAACCGCCUGUGCCAGCACCACCAACGAACGUCACGACCGACGACGCUGCUGAUAGUCUUGUUCAUCUGGGGGUGGUCGGCGCUGUGGGCCGUGGCCCCCAUGCUGGGCUGGGGUCGCUACGUUCUGGAUGGCGUUGGCACGACCUGCACCUUCGACUUCCUGACCCGCACGGCCAACAACAUCUCCUUCGUGAUGGCCAUGAUGAUGGGCAACUUCGUCAUCCCGCUCGGCGUCAUCACUUUUUCUUAUCUCCACAUCUGGAGAGCGGUGCUGGACGCCAAGCGGCGCCUGAAGGAACAGAACGUCCACGUCUACGCCGGACGGACGAAUACGAAAUCGCCCGCGCAUGCGCAUGGAAGCCUGAAAGGCCAAGGACAUCAGGGGCGAGAUCACACGGUGGGUCAGAGGCGCCAUGGGCGCGAGUUCUUGCAGGGACAGAACCAGCGGCUGCGGAUCAGAUCGGAGACACGAACAGCGUGCACGAUCCUGACGCUGGUGCUGGCGUUCGUGGUGGCCUGGUUCCCCUACCUGGUGGUGUGCAUGAUCGGGCUGUUCGGCGACCGAUCUCAAGUCACCGUCACAGCCUCGGUGGUGUCUAGCCUGGUGGCCAAGACGUCGACUGUGUCCAACCCUGUGCUGUAUUGCAUCAUCCACCCCAAGGUCCGGCGCAAGCUGCACGUCACGCUGCUACGUCUGCUGUGGAGUACGUCACCGCGCCGCAGCUUCCAUGCAUCCUCGACCUCAGAACGAUCUCCGGCCCGGAACUUCAGCUAGUUGCUAGUGAUCCCCCGCUGCUGCACAGCCUGUUGUUAGAGACCUGGUGGCUGUUUUAUUGUUGCACGAUCUGCUGAAUGGCCUGUUAACAUACACACCUGCUUGUGGUCUGAUGGUCGCACGGUCUGCUGGUAGCGAACUGAUGCACAGCUGCCACACGAUCUGCUGAAUGGCUUGUUAACCUGCACACCUGCCACACGUUGAAUUGCCUGUUAACAUGCACACCUGCUGUCUGGUCUGAUGGUCGCACGUCUGCUGGUAGCGAACUGCCACACAGCAUUCUGUUUUUUUCUGUUGGUUUUUUGUUUUAACUAUACAACCUUUUCUUCAAAUUGUGACUGGUUUAUUUUCUUAGCUAAUAACAAGGAAUGUAUAACGGACAGAUGGAUGCAUCUUUCUUAACCACGACAGCUGGAGUUUGGUCAUGUGUGCCAGGUCUUGCUUCUCAUCAGGCAUCGUGUCAUCGUCGCUUCCUCACAAUAUUCAUUCCUGUUGUCCUAUCAAACAAGUAUAUAAAAAUUCCUAUCGAUACUCAGUUACGAGCGUCUGUUGAAAGAAAGGACAUGAACUCCACCUCUUUGCAUCCAAUUUUGUGUUCUUCCGUCUCUCCUGGGUAAUCAUCGUCAAGAAUCAGGUUGGGCAUUGCAUGUCCUUUGCCUCGGGGUUGUAUAGGAAAGCUAUAGUGUCGACAUUUCUUCUUCCCCUCCUCUGUCUUCUUCUUAAUACCAAUAUUUGUCGUCUUAACAUGUAAUUAUCUUCUUUUGACUAUUUGGACAAAUCGGAGAGAACGAACUGGAAAAGUUAGACCGAGAAUUAGGUCAAUAAAAAGUGACAGGAAGGAAAAUGCAAUGUGGACAGAUUAUUUUAACAGGGUUGGCAUUAAGUCGACUUAUAAUAUCAUUUCACGAGCCAAGCAGAUUGACACUUAAAGACAUUACGAUCGUGCUCAGUUAAGGAUACGGUGGUAGUAAUGAACGCAAGUGUAGGUGCUGCCCCCUACCGGGAUGAUUUAUUGAAAGCUCUUUCCUCCUUGUGGAAACCGGUCUUUGAGUGCCUUUAGCCUUCUGCAGUUUUGUCACAGUUUUUUUCAGUUUUGUCUUUACCUGUCGGUAGAUGUGCUAAGCGAUUAGCUGUACCAUCGAUAUCAGAUUGCCGUCUAUCAUCUCUUGCUUUCUGGCACGGAUACUCUACCGCGGCUUUCUAAAGAGAGAAAACACCAAGAUCAGAACUAAGAAAUAAAUAUAAAUAAUGUUAAAAGCUUUUUGGCAAAAUAAAAUAAUUAAUUAAAGUAUAUUGCAAGUAAAUUUAUAAACAAUAAAUUAUAAUUUCCCCAUAGCAAAAAAUCUCUGGCAGUUACAGUUUCUUGCCCACGUGUUGGGUUGCCUCCUAAAACUCGUCAGUUCCGGA